UUGUGGGGUCCCGUUAGGAAGCAGAAAGAAAAAUGGGACAACACGAGAGUGUGAAGAAGACAAAGGCGAACAACAAAAGCAAAGGAAGAUAAGGGAAAUUCCAAUUCCAUUGAUCUUAUUCCAAAAGGAAAAACUAAAGUCUCUUUAAUGGCUCCUCUCCAUCUGCCAACUUUAUAGAGAAACCUUCACUCAGAUCAUCACCUAAAAAGAGAUACAUUUACACAUUCUCACAAGCUAGAUCCUUUAUCUGCAUUCAAAGGUAACAAUACCAACCACAAAAUCUCAUUUAUAGUUAAUAAUAUACAAGUAGUAGUACUAUUACUACUCUCAUUGCCAUCACCAAUGUUGCUAAGUUCCAUUUCAAGCACCAAGAAGUUCUUCCAAAAGACUAUAAAGAACUUCAAGUCUUUCUUCUCACCAGGCUACCAAAGGCUUCCAAAAGCUUCUCCACACACUCCUCAUUUCUCUUAUUCUGUGGCUGCAUCAAGUGCCAUGGACAUGACCAGCAACACAAGUUAUCAAGAAAUGGAGAAGUUGUACACUGAUUUCUCUGACCAAUGGGAGUCAGAAAAUGAGAAAACAAGGAGAAGAAGAAUCAAGAAGAAAGCUACACUGCCAUCAAAGCAAGAAAGUAGUGAGGUCUACAGUGGAAGCUACAUUAGCUUGUCCAAUGCAAGCCAUGCUCAGAAGAAGAACAAGGUGGAGAAAAAAGUGGAAGGUGACAACAACAACAACAACCACCAAAACAAGAAGAGCAACUUCAGUCUUCAAAAGGGUAGGCAGAAAGAGUCACCACCAUUCAUGUCUAUAGGUAUGAGAGAACACAGUCAUAGAUACUGCAUGGUGGAACAGAAGCUGAGGGAGUUGGAGAUGUUGGACAUGAACAAUGUGGAAUAUGUGUUGGACAUUGAAGAGGUUCUUCAUUACUAUUCUAGACUCACUUGUCCUGCAUAUCUUGAAAUUGUGGAUAAAUUCUUCUUGGAAAUGUACUCAGAGUUGUUUGGUCCAUCGUCUGUGUGGCAUGCUUCACCUCGCAGUGUUAACUCUAGGCUCAAGCUGAGAUAUCAGUGAGUGAGAACUGAGAGGCCUUAGGUUGGUUUGGCUUUGUCUUGUUUCUUAACUUCUUAAUAUCCUCUAAACAUCAUUUGACUCUUUCUUGAUCGAGUUGAGUCUUUGUGUUUAUUGACCUUAAGUUUCAUGGAUGGUAAUAGUUGUUUG